AUGUCUCGACCAGUUCCACCGCCACCGAAAAAUAUGUUCAGGGAAGAUUCGUCUUCUGAUGAAAAUGAAGCUGUUGAUCCAGGAAACAGCAACAUUUUUCAUAGAAGGCGUGAGAAUAACCAAAUCGAAGCACCCAGUGAGAAUGAGAAUGAUGAAGUCUUCCAUCCAGCUGCUGAGGAUGUUGAAACUGUCGAGGUCAUCAAAACAGACAACGACAAAGUUGAAGAACCAGCAGCAAUUCCAAAUUUGAGAAACCGUCGAGUGUCUUACGGUAGGAUUCCCGUUCCCCCUAUGGCAGUUACAGUGGCGGAUAUUCAAGAAGCAGCGAAACAGAGCAGAGAAGAAAACGGUAAAGAAGAAGUGGAAGUUAGAAAACCAGUGGACACAAGACGCUCAUCAGUUAGCUUGGAUGUUUUCAAAGGGUUUAGGGAUCCACAUGACAAGAAGAAUAUGCCAGCCAAGGAUAAGACUAUCUACGUGGAAGGACCAAAUGGGAAGUUCCGUGAGAUGAAGAAAGGGAGGUUUUGGGACAAAGACAAAUUUGAGUCCCCAAUUAUCAUUAAACCUAAAAAGAAAGAAAAAGAAUCAAUUAUUCCAUAUCUACUGAAAGCACCUGGACAAGCAUUCCGUACACAACGGGUGUAUAACCAACUUGCCAAUAUCAUUCAAGGUUUUCUGGCUGGAAUCACUGUGAUGCUGGCAAUUUUCUCGUUUAAUUUGGAUGCUUAUGUUUUGGUAGGUGGAUAUCGUUUGAUGAGUCUUCCUAUCCAUGCAGCCUUCAUGGUUGCAUUCACUGUUGGUUUGGUAUCAGCUAUCGAUAGAACUGGAAUAUACGAAGUAGAGCAUUUCACUUCAAGAACGCGAUUGACAGCUACAAUUCACAACAAUGGGUUGUUCACAGUCAUUGUCUGGUUCUGUGGUUUGAUCUCUACCCUUCUUUGUAUACAGUUGGAAAGUCAACUUGCGUUUGCACCAACCAGAAUACCAGCUGACAGUCUUAUUUACAAGUGGAGAAUCUUCAAUGUUCUAAGAGCUCUUACUGCAGCCCUCGGUUUUCUUCUAUUGGCGUUCAAACCUGAUUCGGAUACUAUGGCUAAAGAAUUAAGGACAGCCAUUUUCGAUCAAUUGGAGCUUGUAACAACUGAUCCAGACAGACAAAAGAUCAUAUUGACUGCUAUGAAGAUUUGA